CCUCGCCGCGGUCCCGCCCUCUCCCGCAAACCCAAACACUCCCGGCUGCUGGUGCAUGUGAUCUCCCAGUAGACGCUCGGGCAGAGAGAUGUUGCUGCUGGCCGCCGCCGGCCUCGUGGCCUUCGUGCUACUCCUCUACAUGGUGUCGCCGCUCAUCAGCCCCAAGCCCCUCGCGCUGCCCGGCGCGCACGUAGUGGUCACAGGAGGUUCCAGUGGCAUCGGGAAGUGCAUUGCUAUUGAGUGCUACAAACAGGGAGCGUUUAUAACUCUGGUUGCACGGAAUGAGGACAAGCUACUGCAGGCGAAGAAAGAGAUUGAAAAGUACUCCAUUAACGACAAACAGGUGGUGCUGUGUAUCUCAGUUGAUGUGUCCCAAGACUAUAACCAAGUAGAGAAUGUCAUAAAGCAGGCACAGGAGAAGCUGGGUCCUGUGGACAUGCUGGUCAACUGUGCAGGCACCUCUAAGUCAGGAAAGUUUGAAGAACUUGAAGUUAGUAGUUUUGAGAAAUUAAUGAGCAUAAAUUACCUGGGCAGCGUGUACCCCAGCAGGGCGGUAAUCACCACCAUGAAGGAGCGCCGGGUGGGCAGGAUCGUGUUUGUGUCCUCUCAGGCAGGACAGCUGGGGCUGUUUGGCUUCACCGCCUACUCUUCAUCCAAGUUUGCCAUAAGAGGAUUGGCAGAAGCUCUGCAAAUGGAGGUGAAGCCGUAUAAUGUGUACGUCACUGUGGCCUACCCACCAGACACUGACACUCCGGGGCUGGCGGAGGAAAACAAAACGAAGCCCCUGGAGACCCGGCUUAUCUCAGAGACCACAGCUGUUUGCAAACCAGAGCAGGUGGCCAAACAAAUUGUCAAGGAUGCCAUAGAGUCCAGGGGAUUGAACUCACAUCAGGCUUGGUGUCUGGGUUUACGCACUGAGCCUGGCCUCAGGCCCUGCUUUAUCCCUUCCCACGGUUUGAGACCAUCUAAGCAAGGGAAUUUUAAUAGUUCUAUUGGCUCAGAUGGGUACAUGCUGUCCUCCCUGACCUGUGGGAUGGCCCCGGUGACUUCCAUCACUGAAGGACUCCAGCAGGUGGUCACCAUGGGCCUUUUCCGAACAAUCGCUUUGUUUUACCUUGGAAGUUUUGAUAAUAUAAUUCGCCGCUGCAUGGUGCAGAAAAGAAAGCCUGAAGUCGGAGACAAAACUGCCUAAGUCUUGCCCCUUGGACGAAAGACUGAAUCCAAUGAUUUGUCUGGUGUGCUGCUAAUGGAGCUCAAGUUUUGGCCUGCAGACUCUUGUGUCUUGUUUUUGAAUGUGUGAGAUUGGACCCCAUGCUCCUCGGAAAUCUGGCUGCAAACAGAGGGACAUGAAGCCAUCUCUACAACGUUACUGUUAACACUAUGCAAAUACGGUUUUCUGGGUUUUGCGGGUGAUAGUGUAAGUACUAACAGCAGGAAAACAGGGUAAAGAGCAGAAGGCAGAAUGCUAAAUUCAGCUUUCCGGUUAUAUAGCCCCAUCCUGCCCAUAGCAAUCAAGAAAUGUACUUUGUGGCACAUAAGAAUUUCUGAGGAUUUCUUUUGGUUUUUGGUUUUAACUUUUCAUGAAAGAUGGUCUGGGUUUUUAUUUGUCUUUUUUAAUUUUUUGUAUUUUUUCAGUGUAUGUUAUUCAAGGUGUGUCUUCAGGUAGCCCCUCAUCUGACUCUCAGCACCUCUUGCUGUGCCUGGGACUCGCUUCUGCUAAUGAAGCUGGUUUCUCUCUCUUUGAUCCCAUAAGGCUCGAGGGGGAUGGGAGAGCAGCACAGAGGAAGGCAAGGGGUGAGUCCUUUGUGACAGCAAAUGGGGCUUUCUUGUCUCCUUAGACUGACGCUUACCACGUUCUCAUUUUUAUUCAGGGGGAAAGACAGCCUCCUUACGUGUUAUCUGAAGAGAAAUAAAAUCUCAUAGAAGCUUGAAAGUUUACAGUUUCUUUAGUAGCUAUGAUGACCCGAAGUUCACAUUCCAUUCCAGCUCAGUUUCUAGUGCUUCUUGACGCUUUCUAGUUCUGCUGAUGCUACCUUAAUAUUUUUAUUUUUGUAAAAAAAAAAGAAAGAAAGGAAGGAAGGAAGGAGGAAGAAAAAAAGAUGGAGACGAGUGCAAAUGUUUUUGACCUGACUUUUUAAAUUAAUCCAUGAAUUCAUUAAAAUAAAAAACUUAAAAGCAUUACAUUCUUACUCUCAGAGAAUACAACGGGGCUUUAGGGAAGGCAGCUGGUUGUGUAUUUUUCCGUCUUACUGAAAGACGGUCGAUUUUGAAGAUGCUCAUUUUGGAAGUUGGGUGUUGAGCUGCUCUGUCUCCCACACUGACUCUGAGCAGUAUCUGCAGCACGGUAAGGAGCCCUCUGGCCCUUCUCGCCCUCCACAGCGGCCUGUGCGCGCCAUGGGUGAGCCAGCAAUGCGCAUGCGCUGUGUGUUGCAGGCCUGCUGUUCCUUGGAUGAGCCUGCUGCACAUACCUCUGAUGAGUCCAGCCUGAUUCCACUCAUCCUGUUUGUUGUUCCCAGGUUGCCACAGUUUCUAUGUCCUGGCGCGUUUUACCCUGUCCUUCUUGUAUACAAAAUACUACACUCCAGUUCAUUCCAUCGGAAAAAUACCACUACUUUCAAAGAAAAACUUUUUAACUGUUAAAAAACAAAAGAAAAAACAAACAAACAAAAAACCCCAACAAACAACAAAAGGGUUUGAAAAUUUAGAAAUUAUUACCAUGGCAAAUGUUUGGUUUUGCUUUUUUUCUUUUUUCUUUUUUUUUAAAGAUUCAUUUAUUUUAUGUAUGUUAGUGCACUGUCACUGUCCUCAGACACACCAGACGAGGGCAUCAGACCCCCAUUACAGAUGGUUGUGAGCCACCAUGUGGUUGCUGGGAAUUGAACUCAGGACCUCUGGAAGGGCAGAUAAUGCUCUUAACUGCUGAGCCAUCUCUCCAGCUCUCCACACACCUUUUUUUUUUUUCAAAGGUGAGUUUUAACUGUGUGGUCUUUUGCCUCAGCUACCUGAGUGCUGGCAGUAUAGCUUAGCACCACCAUGGCCAGUGAGCCAAGCAGGUUUUGCUCUUUGAGUUUUCAAACUCUUGACUUUAUAGUGGCUUAGUUUUUAAGUAAUAAGAUAUUUAAUGGCUCCAUUUUUAUCAAGGUCUGGAAACAUUUUAAAUAUCAUUAUAGAAGAUAUUCUUCAUUAAAUGCAUUACUGUUUACAGGAGCAGGUUAACAAUGCCAAACCCCUUCAGUCCGAUCUAGCCACAUUUUGCAGCUUCUGUCAUGUUGGACAGAUGCUGAGGUGGAACAGUAGGAUCUGGUUCCCAGUUCACAGGAGACAACUGUGCUCCUACCUGGACGGACACUUUCCCAUUUUAUUUUCUUUGAAAUCUUCCCAGACAGUUGGCACCUUCUACUCUUACCUGUUACAAUUUAAUCCCAGAUGUCUGACACAGUACAACUUUUUUCACUAUACUAUUUUCAAAUAUUCCUCCACUAGAAGAUGGCUGUGUGGAUAGCGCCUGAAAAGCUUUGUUCUGCAGUGGGAGGUGCUGACCCUAACCCAGUUUAAACUCAGGUUUGCCAAGACUGUGAUGGCAUGGAACGAGCCUUUCUGCCCAAGGUAUUAGAGGCCUGAUUCCCUAAAGGUUAGAAUGAGCUUUACUUUUCUUCGAACAUCGAUACCAUAAUCACAGGCGAACCUGAUGUGAGAAUAGUGUCAUUUUUAUUCAUGGCACAUCAGCGUGAUGUGCCUAUUUGCUAACCUUACCAGACGCAGAGCAAGCACCUUGCCUGUCAGUAUGUAUUCCACCACAUUACCUUUGAAGUCCCACAAAGGAACUCUUAAUUGAUACUGCUGCUUGGGAUGCGGCAUUGAAACAAUGCCAACGAAGAUGCAAUUCGAUUUGGUGGAAAACUACAACUUUUUGCAAAGAAAAGAAAGUUGGGGCGGGGUGGGGAGGACAGUCCCAUUGUUAGGGAAAUUAUCAUUUGUUUUCCUCAGAGAGUUUAACACUUUGCAUUCUUUACCGUGUGCUAAGGCAGAGUCAGGGCGCUGAGGCUUUUCUGUUUCCUUUGUAUCAUUUCCUCUGUGUGCCUGAGGGCUUCUGGGGUUUCAGUUCUGAAUGCCUGCUCUAAGAGUCAGGUUGUGUUACUUUAUUUUAAUAUAUCCUUAUGCUCAUUUGAAAAUUAAUAUUCUGCUAUAUACAUUUAGGGACUCUUCAUAACUGAGAAUGGAUAGGAGGCAAUCAUUCCUUUAUUAAAAAAAGAAACGGAAUAGUGGCCCUGAACUGGGAAAGGGUUUCAUUGAAGAACAUUUGCCUAGUACACUUGGGACCCUGGAGUUCAUUCCUUACUGCAGUCCAAAGACAUUCUUUAUUAAAACUGUUCUCUCUAUAGUUUCAAAUUUUAGUAAUUAUUCAGUUGAUAUUUAAAAUGUUGUCAUGGUCCUCUUUCUGUAUAACUUAGUGAUAAUGUAUUUAUCUGGAUGUAUUAAACCAUAUAUUGAUUCCUGAAAGCACAACCUUUAAGAUGAUCUUCUAGGUGAUGAGAACAUUUCUAUAACACUUGCUCCACUCAAAGAAUCCUAUAUAUCUGUCCUUGUAGAAGGCUGUACAAUGAGUUAUGUUGUGGUAUUUAAGUUUAUUACAUUGUAUUCUAAUUGAAAUGUGUCUUGCCCAAGACCACAGUUAAUAGUCACACUUUUCGAUAGAAGAUGCUCUCUUUCUUAUCACUCUUAGUCCUUAGGAUCCCAGUUUGAAAGACCCUGCUGACUGUCACCCUCCGGUUCUGAACUGGAUCUUGCUGUUCUGAUCAUGCUGAGUUAAUGAAUGCUUAUGGGUUUGAUUUUUAAAAAUGAGAGAGUUGCCAUUAUAUUUUAUACUUGUUUGUGGUGUGAGCUCUUAAGGCGCUUUGACAUUGGCAGAGAACACAGAGCUGUUUUGAUACAUUAUUAGGACAGCUACUUUAGAAGAAGCUUUUGUGGUGGUACUAUAUUGUGACAGUGCUGUAAUGUGAUUUUUAUAUCUUGUAUUUCUAAAUUUCACAUACAGAGUGGGGAACAAGCUUUACUGAUCUGAGAAUUUAUUUUUCUAGAACAUUGUCUUUACAAAAGGUACUUAAUCAAACUGAAAGAGUCUUUUAUAGUGUCUCUACUUGACUUUCUAGGCAUUUCAUAGGGCCUGAUUUCUAUUAUUUUUAGGAAGUAAUAUAUUUUAUAAGAUAUACUUAGAAAUCUGUACAUUUAUUUCAGGUAUGCUCUGUGUGGGUAAAAAAAAGCCUAUGAAAUAUAGAAUUUAAUAAAGCUUUUGAACAGUUACAUUUCAUAUACAAA